GUGGUCACUGGUCACUUUGUCAUUAUUUAUAUUGAGAUCAAUAUUGAGAAGGCGUAUGAUAGGGUGCCAAGGGAGGUCUUAUGGAGGUGCCUUGAGGCGAGAGGAGUUCCCAUCGUGUACACUCGCGCGAUCAAGGAUAUGUACGAUGGGGCUAUGACCAAGGUAAGGACUUCCGGGGGCGUCUCAGAUUCCUUCUCAGUAGGGAUGGGGUUACACCAAGGGUCUGCUCUUAGCCCUUUUUUGUUCGCCUUGGUGAUGGACGUCCUAACUCAAGGGGUUCAAGACGGGGUCCCAUGGUGCAUGCUUUUCGCGGAUGAUAUUGUGCUUAUCGACGACACGCGUGAGGGACUAAACGAUAAAUUGGAAUUAUGGCGCCUUUCCCUUGAGACUAAAGGAUUCAGAAUAAGUAGGAACAAGACUGGAUACAUGGAAUGUCGUUUCAGCGGCCGGGAUACAGAAUCAGAGGUGGAAGUCAAGAUUGACUCUCACCUAGUACCUAAGGUAGACAGGUUUCGUUAUCUUGGCUCGGUAAUUCAGGCGGAUGGGGAGUUAGAUGCGGAUGUUGGACAUCUGGUUAGAGUGGCUUGGGCCAAAUGGCGGUUAGCUUCAGGGGUGUUGUGUGAUCCGAAGAUUUCGCCUAGAAUGAAAGGUAAGUUCUAUCGAUCCGGAGUCAGACCUGCUAUGUUAUAUGGGGCAGAGUGUUGGGCGGUUAAGAAGACUCAUGUGCGUCGUCUGCAUGCGGCGGAGAUGCGGAUGUUAUGAUGGAUGUGCGGGAAGACAAGGAACCUUUGGAGAACUAGGAUUAGAGUAGCUGGAUAGGAGCUCGGUGUUGUAGAGGUUGUUUUGUAGUGUGUUGUAUUUGUUGGAAAUCUUUUGCUAUUGUUUGUACUUGUUGCUUGUACUUGGUGCCUUAUCUGUGCUAUACUGUGUUCUCUUCCAUAUUUUUGUGCAGGUGGAGCCGGGGGUCUCUUGGAAACAGCCUCCCUACUUCCGAGUAGGGGCAAGGUCUGCGUACACACACCCUCCCCAGACCCUACUGUUGUGGGAUUCAACUGGGUUG